AUGUUUCUUCAAGCAGUGCUGCUGCUUGGAAUCAUCUCCUCUGCAGGCCACCGUCCGGCAGACAGCUUGCAGCGAUCUCUGACACCUCCACAGGAGGGUUCAGAUGUUGAGGACGUGGUGCCUGGAAAGAUCGUGGGAGUGGAGCAAGGAGGGCAAGCAAGUCAACAUGGGCUGCAAGUCGGAGAGCACAUCGUCAAAGUUGGCCCAGCGAAAUACAGCAUUUUAGGUCUUGCGAUACUUGUCAGCCUGCCUUUGAUAGUCCGCUCUGCCGCAAACGGGACAGUGGAAGUGAGCCAACCUGUCAUGUUUGUUAUCCUGGGCGCUGUCCUGCUGGACGCCUUUGGGCAUAUGGGCACAGUAGUCCUGAACUGGGGCUAUCUGGGACUUGGAGCCAAAAUGUUCGAGAUUGCGUUCCCAGCUCGUGUUGGUGGGAUUGUCAUGGGAUGCAUCGUUUGUGGAAUCCGGUCUCCACUUCCGACAGAAUUGCGCGAAGAUAUGGCUGCAGAGUUCGGAAGACUUCGGAUAUUCCCCUUGUUGUUGUUCGUCUUGUCUGUUUGCUUCCAAACUUUGAAGGCAUGGGCAAGACAUGGUCCAACUAGCAUUGCAGAAAGUGACGGCACCCAGCUUUUGGAUAUCAUGCUGAAGCUCCUCAAAGACUGCGCACUGAUUCCCGCGCAGCGUGAUGGUAGAAUGGAUUUGGAAGUGCAAGCGGUGGAAGAGAUGCUGCGCAAGGUGCCGUGCUUGCCUGGUGGCGUGGUCUCCCGGUCCUGCGGUCCUCCGGUCCCCUUGUUUCGUGUGGGCCUGGUCCCUGGUCUCCUGGUGCUGCGCUCCCCUGGUGAGCUGGUGAAUGAUGAGCAGGGCUGGGGCAUCCCAGUUUCCAGCGGAUUUGUCCUGACUAAAGAGAUGUUGCAAGUGAUCGGCCUUCGCUUGCUAUUGGCUGCGACUUUGAUCAAAACUUUUCUCGACACCGAACUGGGCAUUCAAGAUCUUGAGGACUGCGUUCGACUGGCUUCCACCCACCUGCUGAGUAGCAUAGGCUAUCUGUACAUAUAUAUAUAUAUAUAUAUAGAGAGAGAGAGAGAGAGUAUGUUUAACAUAUUUAACAUAUUCAAUGUUUUUAGUAUCAAUAUUAUAUUUGUUAUAUUUACUAUGUAUAUACAUAUAUAUAUAUAUGUAUGUAUGACAUGGGUCUUAGAAGAUAAGGUAAAUCACAUGUGA